AUUGAGACUACAUUCCGAAAUUGUAUCGUGUUGUGUAGUUUGAAAACUUUUGUACGUUGAAACUGCAAGAAAACCAAACAUUAAGAGCUUCUGGACUGGUUUUAUGUUGUUAUGAACGUUGGCUUGAAACCUAUGGUAGACUUAACCAUGCAGGAUUAUAGUAACCCCACUCUACGUUUUCAAGAUGACGUUGGGGGUGCGAAAAACGCAAACUCUAUUUCUCCCGAAACAAGCACUCUUCAGACAGGCUCUUUUGAUCCAAGAACCUCACCCAUGCUAUUUUCGUUGUCACCAGAUUGGAAAAGUUCGGAUUAUAUGGCAACUUCGGAAGUGGAGGUAUCUUUGGAAAAGGAAGAACAACCUCAAAGUCUUUCAGCACCGGAAUAUGAAUAUCGACACAGUGUUCUGUUGCCCCUCAAACAGACAGAAGCAUACUCGGCCCCUUCCAACUUACAGAUACAGUCUCACUCGCUUUUUGCGUUCAGAGCUAGUUAUUCUGGGGCUUUUUUGUCCACUGCCGAUGAUCUUCACGAGCAGUCUUCAUCAAACAGUCAACCAGGUUUGGGAUUGGAAAGUUCUACAAAUGUUGUUGAACGAAGCCUAAGGAGACAAGACUCAGAUGCGUCGGUGGACGACCUUAUUUUUCGAGAGUGGAGGAAAAUGCGUCCAAGAACUAGUUUGUUAAGAGACGACUCUAUGGCAUCUUUGGCUUCUUUACCGAGAACAGAGUCAGAAAUUUCUAUAGAUGGAGAGCGUAUCCAUUUGGAUGAAGGUAUUGUGUCCAACUUGAAAAUAGAUGCUGCAGAAGACUCUAGUCAUGUUGAAGGAACAUUCGUAUUGACAGAUAAUAAUAAUAAUAAUAUCAAAGAAUAUCAUGAAAAUAUAGCUUGUGGCUCAGAAAAGCAACACUUGCCUAUGGCUAGUCUUUACUUUGGCUCUUCAGCUGGCGUUCUCAAUCCUAUAAUAGAACAAGACUCUCAUAUAGGUCCAAGAAGUGCAGCAAAGGGACCUCUUUGGGAACAAGCUAGUUGGAAUGGAAUGUAUAUGCAAGGACCUAUCAACUCUGGUCCUUUAUGGAGCGAAUCAUUUGAUAUUUCCAAUGUUCAAAGCAACUCAUCACUCUGUUUUGAAGGAGAUAUAUCCAGUUCUUUAUCUCGAGGUGUAUCAUCUUCAUCACCUUCCUUUUUGGACAACUCCAAAUUGUUAGGAAAUUGUCGAAAUGACUCUAUUUCUUUACAAAGUCAAAAUGCUGUCAUUCAUUCAAGUAUGCCUUGCGCAACAUUAUCCAAUGAAUCAGAGCCCAACUUAUUUUAUAGAGAUGGUUUGAAACCAACAACAGCAGCAGCAGCAGCGGCAAUUGCAUCUGCAGCUUCAGCAGCGAACAAGUCUGUUCCAAGAACAGUCAAAAGCCAUUCGAUGACCUCAGAAAUAUUUGGUAAUUUGAAUAAUUUAGAAGCUGUGAGAGGAAUGAACGCCAAUUACUUGUCCUCGACAGAUUCUUCUCAUUAUUCUUCGAUAUCUUCCUCUCAUUCAUGGGUGACUACAAACUCUUCACUUCAUCAGAAUCCUAUGCUUUCUGGAAAUAAUUAUCGUAAAAACAUAAUACCAUUCUCAGUUUCACCAUCAACUGGUUCUAUUUCCUCCUUGACAGGAAAUGUUUCGACAUCAAAGGUAUGGAGCAUGGAAGAGAUUGUUGGACGUAUUUUCGAACUGGCAAAGGAUCAACACGGAUGUCGCUUCCUUCAGAUGAAAUUGGAAGAAGGAAAUCCUGCAUAUAUUGCAAUGAUUCUAGCGGAAUGUUUUGAUGGUUUGCCAGAAUUGAUGGUCGAUCCUUUUGGCAAUUAUCUUUGUCAAAAAUUGUUUGAAUGCUGUAAUUUUCAACAAAGGCUUUCUAUUUUGCAAAACACUUGUAGUGUUUUAGCACAAGUUUCCAUGAAUAUGCAUGGAACUCGUGUUGUUCAAAGAAUCAUAGAAUGUAUGGAAGGUGAAGAUCAAAUAAGCACUGUAUGUACAGCGUUGACUCCCUUUGCCUCUCAAUUGAUGAAAGAUGUCAAUGGAAAUCAUGUAAUACAGCGUUGUUUGCAAAAAGUGGCACCGACUCACAAUCAAUUCAUUUUUGAUGCCGUCGUUUCGCAUUGUGUGGAAUUGGCUACUCAUCGUCAUGGCUGUUGUGUCAUCCAAAGAUGUUUGGAUUAUGCAAUUCCUUUACAGAAAGAGCAAGUCUGUAUGGAAAUUUGUGAGAAUGCAUUUACUUUGGUUCAAGAUGCUUUUGGCAAUUAUGUAGUUCAAUAUGUAUUGGACCUAAAAAAUCGCUUUUAUAUUGCCAAGAUUAUUGCUCAGUUGGCUGGUCAUCUUUAUGAAUUAUCUGUUCAGAAGUUUUCAUCUAAUGUGGUUGAAAAGUGUUUGCAACAAGUUGACCCAGAAACUCGUAAGCAUCUCAUCUACGAGUUGAUGUCCGAUCGAGAGCUGCUUGGAAGACUUUUACAUGAUGCAUAUGGAAAUUAUGUCGUACAACGAGCGUUACAAUUGGCUCAAUCUCCUCAGUUGGAACAGUUUUGUGAAAUUAUUAGACCACACUUGUCAUCUUUAAAGUCGACUCCUUAUGGGAAGCGUAUUUAUAGUAAGAUAGUGAGGCGAUUCCCUGAAAGCUGUAGUUAAAUACUCAAGUGACUAAUCAACGACGUUGAAAAAUGUGUAGAAUAGAAAAUAUU